UGCGGGCUUGGUAACCGUUCAGCUCUUGAGAGACGCAAGAAGCUCCAUCACCAACCGUCUGCCGGUAUUGGCUCUUCUACGCAGCUUGUUUAAAGAGCAUCAAAACCUCAACCGUCAAUUGUUCUCAUAUCUCGUCACCACAUCGCUCCUAAUACCUUCACAAUGCCGUCGCUACUACUUCGACCUCAUGCCACUCUCUCCCACGCGGAAGCUCUACAGGUAGCGCAACAAGCUCCUGAAUUUCUACGCAAAAACCCUGCAUCAUACUCUGCAUCGCCAUUCUUUUCAUUAUUCUCUCCGCCCGAGAGCUCCAACACGUGGACAAUAUACGAGAAUCUUCUGCUGGCCUGCCUAAGAACCGGUGAUAACACAACGGCACACCAAUGUCUCGAAAGAUUGGUGGUCCGGUUCGGAGCUAGCGAUGAGCGCGUUACAGCACUUCAGGGUUUAGUGAAGGAGGCCGAAGCAACAGACGAUAGCGAGCUUGAAAAGGUGUUGAAGGAGUACGAAGAAAUCUUGGCCAAGGACAACACCAAUGUGCCAAUCUCAAAAAGAAGGAUUGCGCUACUACGUGCGAUGGGUAAAACCUCCGAGUCGAUUGAAGCUCUGGUACAGUUCCUGGAUUUCUCAUCCACCGAUGCAGAGGCCUGGAUGGAGCUGGCAGACUUGUAUCUAUCUCAAGGUCUCUACGCGCAAGCCAUCUAUGCCCAGGAGGAGGCACUCAUCAUAGCGCCGAAUGCAUGGAAUCUCCAUGCCCGCUUGGGCGAAGUCCUUUUGAUGGCUGCAGAGUCUGGGAAUGAGGGUAACCCUCAGAACUAUCUGGCAGAGAGCUUAAAACGCUUUUGCCGAAGCAUUGAGCUCUCCGAUGAUUACUUACGAGGUUACUACGGACUGAAACGGGUCACCGAUAAGCUCCUCGAUGCAAACUCAAAGGGGAAGAAAUCAGAGUCUGAUGAGUUCACCCUGCCGGAAACAUCGACCAUCGAAAAGCUCAAUCAGGCUGCGACCAAGAAACUGGGCGAUAUCGUGCGCAAAUACGAUGCAAAAGAUCCUCUUUGGCAGGGAUACGAUGCUGGAGAAGUGGCUGCCGCCCGUACUUAUCUUUCGGAAUCUUCACAAAAAGUUGUGCGAUGAAGACAUCAAGUGAGGAAGCUAAUCACGCUCUUCAAGUCGGCGACUAUCUGUAUAUCGGUUGUUCAGGCUUAAGUGGUACAAUUGGAGACCGGCAGGCGUGCUCUAUCUGUCUUCAGAUGGAGAGAUCACCGCCAGAGGCCAAAUACGUGAUCUGUUUAAAAACAGGUUGGUGGGCGCCUUGUCGUCGGAAAGGUGGGAUGAGGAUACCCGACACGUGGAGGUGCUAUCGAGCCAUUCAGAAGUGC